AUGAGGCCUAUUCACAUACUCAGAUCACAGCUUGCUGCGGAUGGUUUGAGUCAGGUCAAGACUGUGAAUGUCUUCAACGCUUCAGAUGUCAGUGCUGAUGGAAUCGAAGGAAACCGCAUGUAUAAACGCGACGGGACAUACUAUAUUCUCGACGAUCAUCCGGGCGACACGACGUACAUCUGGAAGGGUACAUCACUUGAGCCAGCGUGGGAGUGGAACCAUAACCCAGACACGACAAGAUACACCGUCAACAAUGGCCUUACUCUAUCGACCGCUACAGUCACAUCUGACCUGUAUGCUGCGCGGAAUACGCUCACCCACCGCAUUCAUGGCGAAUUCCCCGUCGGCACCGUCGCCAUCGACUUCACCAAAAUGGCUGACGGCGACUUCUUUGGCCUAGCUGCCUUCCGCGACCGAAGCGCCUCGAUCGGAGUCUUUCGCAAUGGUAGCAGCUACUCAUUGCAAGUUGUGCAUAACAUGACGCAAGACGAGUCGACGUGGGCGACGACAAGCAACGGCACUGUUGUAGCAACGGCGAACAUCUCCGGAAAGAAAGUGUGGCUGCGAGUAUCGCUGGAUGCGCGAGCGAGUGGCACAAAGGCGGCUGACUUUUGCUAUAGCACAAACGGCAAGACUUUCAUGAAGCUGGGCCCGUCGUAUACAAUGUGGACGAACUGGGCAUACUUCAUGGGGUACCGGUUUGGCAUAUUCAACUAUGCUACCAAAGCGCUGGGUGGCUCUAUUUUCAUUAGCUCGUUCACGAGCUCGUGA